GCGUAAGCGGGGUGGAUGGGAUACGCUGGAUGUUGAACGCCUACCUUUGGGUCGAGAAAUAAAUAUCAAAUGAAAUUUGUGUUUGAUAGGUUGAAACAUCAGUACCGAAGAAACCAUGUCCUAUGCAUGCGUUGUGAAUUUGUGGCUCGUGUGUGUACUCAUUAAUUUUUCAGGUUCUCUGUGCAAUUCUAUUAUAGAUGACCCGGUCCAAAGCUUGCAAGAUCAUUUAAGAAAUGAUUUUCAAGAUGACAUUCCACAAACAAAACGAUCAGUGAAUUCUUGUAGAGGACAUCCCAAUUUGAUUCAAUGCAUCCGUGCAUACUUUUCGAACAGAUUUAGACUAAGGCAUCGUGCGGUACAAGAUCCUGUGGAAUAUCGCAACAUAGGAAAACGUAAUCAAGUAGCAACCUCUUACCAAGACAGGAGGGAAGACCAACAGGAAUCGCGCGUAGACAACCUCCAUGAUGUGUACGAUGAUCUGCUGAAAGCUACAUCUAGUGACUUUCAAGGUUCCGACGACAAACGAGCGGCGGUGGAUUUUAGAAGUAUAGGGCGACGGAGCUUUGGUGCCGACUUCAGAAACAUCGGAAAGAGGUACCUCGGUGCAGACUUUCGGAACAUUGGGAAAAGAAUGAAUGCUGCCGAUUUUAGACAAAUAGGAAAGAGGGGAUAUGCAGUUGAUUUCCGAAAUAUUGGAAAACGUCUUGGAGUCGACUUUCGGAAUAUUGGGAAAAGGACUGUUUUGAAAUCGGACAACGUUUACCUAUUGUCUCUGUUGUGUUCUGACACAAGUACAAUGGUACAAUGCGCGGACAGAAUUGCUUCCAACACUUACAUCUGACAGGGGUCGACCGAAAUCUAAGAGAAUCAGGUGUUUGUGUAUAGGAUUUAUCAUCAUUCAAUUAUCGUAUGCAACAAGCCUAAUUGAAUUCUCAUGAUCACAGAAGAUAUUGUACAUCAAACUACUUAACUAUAUAGAGAUUACCAUUACAUAUUUUGAAACUGUUGAUUUCACAGAUUGUUCUACCCUUUUAACAUUUACUUCUGAAAGUCUGUGGUAGGAAGUGAUAAUUUUCAUCUUCUAUGCGUUGCUCUAUUAAAUCUAAAUGAAACCAAAUCGCAUUGAAUUUUCAUCGUAGCUGUGCCAGAUGACUUAAUCUGACACUGACCAAAUCUGACACUGAUCAUUAUGCAUCUAUCUAUAAGGAUAUCCAACACAGCAUAAUGAUGUUCUUUAUUAUAUAAAUGUUAUUUUGAUAAGUCUUAGAACAAAAUCCUUAAUUUAAGGUAUGAAUUGAUAUGACUAUCAAAGUGAAGCAUCGCAAAAUGUAAACUUGCUCAAUUGUAAAUGUGAAUUUGUAAAUUCCAAACCAGGCAUUUUUGACAACAUAAAACAACCAUCAAAACUC